CACAGAGCAUCCAAUCGCCAACGACACGUGUCAAUCCCUUCCUUGACCUGGCAGCAGUCACAUCCGGAAAUGGCGAAGUUUGCGGACGCCGGACGCCGACUGCCACAGCCCUGCAAGAGAUCGUCGAGACUACUGCCACGCUCGUGGUGUGCGGUGCUGCUGUCACUCGUUCUCGUUCCCUUCUUGGAGAUACGGGGCGGCUCUAUCGUCGUUGCGGCUGCUGUGGCCACUGCGGGAGUAGCCGGGGGAAGCGGAAAGGCGAAGGCCGGCGCCGGCCUCGGGGCGCCGGCGAGCGACAUCAUCACGGUCACCAGCGAAAACUUCAAAGAAACGAUAAAGGAGGGUACGUGGUUCGUCAAGUUCUACACAGAUUGGUGCCCACACUGCCAACGGUUACAGCCCACGUGGGAAGAGCUGGCGACAGAACUCAAGGGAAAGGUAAACGUGGGCCAAGUCAAUUGCGACAGAGACUACUCGCUAUGCCGACGGUUUCACGUGACAGGGUACCCGACCCUGGUGCACGUGCACAACCGAAGGAGUCGCGUUUACAAGAAAUCUCGGGGAAAAGAAGCGCUGGUGGCGUUUGCCCUCAACGGUUACAAGAAGCAAGUGGCUGUCUCGGCGCUCAAGUCGCCCUUCGGACCGUUGGAAAACUUCAAGGCCCUGAUCGCGAGGGAGGCGUUGCGCGCCAAAAAGUUCGUGGUAUCGACAAUAGAAAAGGGAACACCAAUGUGGAUGGUCUGCCUUUGUGCGGUGGCGGUGCUCGUGGUGGUGACCGUAGUUGUCGCGAGUGUGCUCGUCAGCAUCAAGCGACCAAAGGAAGACUGAACAAUCCGAUACCUCUGUGUGAAGGCGGGAAGGUUUGCCGCUGGCCUGGCCCGAAUUCGAUCGACGUCGCCUCCUCCUUGGCCGUCUUUGUUGCCCUCAAGAAGCACUUCGCCUUCGGCCUUCGGCGGAGGGAGGAAACGCCUCCGACAACCUGGAGAUAAAGAUGGAGUCUCGAAAGGGAGCAUGCGCACGUGGACUGAUGCGGUUUUGUUCCAAGACUCGGGCGUUCUUGGUCACUUGUCAGCAUAGCAAACAACCAGGCGAUUCGUUUUUGCGGGCGUGGUUGUUACUCUUAGCAGGAGUGUAGUACAACGACAUGUGUACAGAAAGGGGGUUCUCUCCAAGCAAUAUGUAUAUGCUUUUGUUUUUCUGUACCAUGCUUGUGUUGUACUAGUUCAACAUUCCCGAAGAGUUUCAUCCAGCGAACGCUCCUGACGACCUGUUGGUGUCCUCCCUACGGGGGCCGCGCCUCGCUGCUCCAGUGACACGCGCCGAUGAGACGGUCCGGGCGUGAAUCGGCCAUUCUUGUCCGACUUUGUCACACCACCGUGUGAUGUUGUACUAAAUAGGUACCUGAGGUAGCUGACAGUCCCGGACUGAGGGCUGUAUUAUGUUGCCUCGUUGGUAUCGUGUGUGCUUGAAGUACGUACCGAGCGGUUUGGGCAGGGAAAUUUUUUAUCUCGUCGGAGUCUCGUUGUCGUAGCGGACUCGGCAGAGAAGGUGAUUAUGGGGCAGAAGGGGGGGUGAUGGGGAAUCAGCAGUUCGAACAACAGGUCGUGUAGCUGGAUGCUGACCCGCAGCAACAGUGCUACCCCCGUGCUACGUCGGACCGCUCCGAGGUGUACCACGUGUGUAGCAUCUAGAUUUUGCUUGUCCCAGGACGUUGAUGGCACCAUAUUUGUGUCGAAGUUGGUUUAGGGUGGCGCCUUUCCGGCGCAAGUGGGUGUGGGUGUCUUCCAAGUAGAAUCACCCGCGCUGUUUUGUGUUUCUUCUUCUUGCAUUGGUUUCGACUGCUGUGUAGGCUACAGGCCGACAGGCUAAGGCCUGUGAAACGAGGUCAGCAGUGUCAGCCACACUCAUGAGUGUGUGUACACUGCACUUCGUUUGACAGCUGCUGUAGCUCGUGCCAACAGAUCAACCUGAUGAAUAUUGAAGUUUCCCAUUUUGUGUUGGUGUGUGUGGUAUGGCGAGCGUCAAGUUUCUUCAAAACAGGUUGCCUCGAACAGCCUUUUUGCGGCGGCGCGGACGGGUGAAGGCCUUCUAUCGUCCAUGAUGUACCACCACAAAUAUGUCUUCAGUCGUUUGCGAAGUUCCCCGAGAAAGGCCAGGCAGCACCCUGCUUCUAUCGUUAUGCGAGUGGCUUCUAGGACAGCAUAUGUCCACGUGUAGUCUAGACUCAAUGGCCAGCAGUGAACAGAUAGUAUGUGUGUUCCAUACCUGGGGAGCCCUCUCGGCGCAGGCGAAAAACAUGUUUCUUGGCUACAUCCAGCAGGUUACGCGAUGAGAUAUGAACGAGCGCCGCCUCCUUUGUUCACAUUGCUUGGACGACGUUUCCCCUUUUUUCGUCCGGUUGUUGUCGUCGUCCCGUCGACGUUCAUCAUUCUGUUAUUUUGGCUCCCGUCUCUGCACAGCCUUUGGGUGUACCGGGUGAUCUCACAG